GUAAGUGUCUGUUGUUGACGGUUCAAAUGGAUUCGUAUUUUAAGGAAGCUGAUUUAUUUGAUGUAUUUAAGUCGGGCAGAUCUUCUGAAUCAGAUGACAGCCAACGUCUUGUGAUAGCUGAAGAAUACGAAGAUUCUGGAGGUUCUGAGAGCAACGAAAGUUUGCAAGAUAAUACAGAAAAAAGAUACACUUACGAAGAAUACAAGAAGAUAUGCGUUCGAAAUUUCAUUUUGAAAAAACUGACAUACUUCAAACUCAAACGUCUUAUGGCGUUAUAUCAAACGGAAUUGUCUGAAAAAAUUAUAUCAUGUCGCAGAAAAAGUCUAGCUUCUUGGAAGACAGCUAAAACGAUGUCUAAAACACUGAUGAUGUUCCAUUUAAUGUUUGAAGAAACGAAAGAGAAUAUAACACUGGAUAGCAUUUAUUAUCAACGGAUGUCCGACCUGAUAUCAAUUUAUAUUGAUUUCGAAAUUAAAGCAUCUGAAGUUAGUGUUGAGAGUGCAUGUAUUUUAUCAAGUCGCAUAACAUCUCUAAUGGAGAAAUGUCUGGAUCAUCAACAUAGAUUCACACUUGACACAAUAUUAAAGUCACAUAACAUUUGCAAUAAAUUUCAAGAAAUUAGUACACUUCUUAUUAGUCGUGUUGUUAGAGGCCUUCCUUCAACUAAACAUUCUGAGCAAUUUUUUUUGCGCUCAAUGUUAGUGUUUAAACUCUGGAUACAGAUAACUAAAGAUGUGAAUGAGAGAACAAAAAUUUUAAAAUUAGCUUCUCAUUUGGCCAAACCUCCCGUGGAGCUAAUGAAAGAUCCUUCUAAAUUGGCAAAAGAUAUACUACCUUGUAAUUUCCAUAAAUGUUAUAUCGAUUUAGCAACUUAUAUUAUAGGAACACCUUGGCCAUUGCGAAAAAAGAUAAAGACAUUUUUGGAACAUACAAGAAUUGUAGAAACACAUAUUCCAAAAGAAUCUUUCUCAAAAUCAUCUGAAAUAUCUGAGGCACAUAAAAAUGAAGAAAUGGCUGAUAUAAAGGCUUUUAAGGAAAUACAGUUUGGUCUACAGGAAAUCAUACUUUCAGAGAAAAAAAGUAAACAAAUCAUCAAAACAUUGAAGAAUAGUCAUUACAAGUAUGCUCCUUUUGAAGAACUUAGUGAAAUGGACCCACUAUCCUAUGAAUACACCAAAAUAAGUAAAAAAGAUGUAUCUACUCAAACUCUUGCAGAACAAGAUGAAGAAUUUUCAUUCUCUCAUUCAAAAGUUAUUCAUGAAUGUAUCAAUGAAUUGUUUAAACGGAUUGUUGAACAUACAAAUGUGGAACAAAUUCAAAACCAAGAUAGUGAAGAAAGAAAUUUACAACAUGGUAAAAUACUUGCUGAACUUUCAAUAACUGAUAUGCCAAAUAACAUUAGAAAUGCAAAUUUUCUGCAAGAAUCUAUUCCUAAAGAAGUUACAGAUUUAUUAAACUUUGAUUCUAGUCCAACAGAUAAGAAAAAAACGAUCAUGCCAAUUAUUGAUAGUCAUGGAAACAUUAAAAAAAAUGAUGUAGCAGUAUUAAAAGAUAUCAGAAAAAACAAGAAACAUAUGGAAAAUGAAAUGGUGUCCACAAUAUCUGUAAGGCCUGCUGCCACUAUUUCAAAUAAUUUGGAUAAUGUAUCGACUAAAGCUAUGGCUGACUGGCAUACCCCUGAAGUACAUUGUCAGUCAAAUGUAAGUUCCUACAAUCCAUUGUUACCAUCAUACAGAAUGCCAAUGGCUUCAGGCCUCAUAAACAAAGGACCAACUGAAAUCAACCAACAUGUUCCUGAACUUCCUUCUAUGACAUCUGCAUUAACUUCGCAACAAGAGAUUCCAACAGGUUUAAAUAAUGAACAGCUCAAUCCAUAUGCUAACUUAGUAAGAGCAACUGACUCUUUGAUAUCGCCCAACAGUUCUUUGUCACUGGCCCCUACUCCUCCUCAUUCAGAACUUAAUUUAACUAAUGGUUCUCCCACAACAUUAUUAAACAGACGAGCAGUUCUGAAAAGUAGUUUUAUCAGUGAUUCAUUUCCAGGUUGCAGAGAAGAUGAAAUACUUGUCAAAGAUACCUCAAUUAAGUAUUACCCACCUUUGUCAAAAAAUAAUUCAAAUCCAACUUCAUUUAAUCAGGUUCAAGGCAUGACUUCAGCAGGAGGGAUGAGGGACUGCAAUCACCCUAUACAACAACCACAUCCAAUGACGUUUAACCAAUACAGUUGCAGGCCUCAUUAUCCUCCAGUGAACAAUCCAUUUCGUUUUUAUGAUGAUGAUACAAUUGCAAAUUCUAGUACAAGAAUCAUGGGAAGACAGCGUGAAUGUUCAGUAGAUCCUCAUUCUUUAAUGAGAAAUACUGUUCAACUCCAACACCCACUACCUUUUAAUUUACCUUCUGGAAACAAUGAUGAACCAAUGUCCUAUACAAACCAAGCUAAAAGGAAAGGUAGGGGUAAUGGAAAUACAUCAUCCACACAGCGUACUAAUAGAAAACAACCUCCUGGAGUACCAGCUAAUAUUGUACUCAACACUAAUCUAAGUUAUGAUAAUCCAGCUUUGCAAAGAUGGCAUAACAUUCCUACACAACAAUAUAGUAAUUCAUUCAGAACUUUAGAUUCUAGUUGCAUACCUAAUUCAAGUUCUCAAUCUAUUUCAAGAUCUCUUGCCCCAAGCCCUAUUUUUCGAAAUGAUUCACAACCUCCAUCCUCCAAGUUACCUUCUUAUGACACAAUACGAAAGAAAAACAAUGGGUUGGAUACAGCUUUACCUAUUACAGAAUCUCCAUCCAUCAGUUUGCCAAUUAACACGAUUGGUAAUUAUUUUCCUGAUCCCAAUGUUCCAAUAGCUGUGCCAAUUGCUAGUUCUCAAUCUUUUUCACCCAUAAUUAAUAAUUCACUUAAUUUACCUGCUAUAAAUAUUCCAUCUUCUUUAACAGCCACAAAUGUUUCGGUUUCUGGACCAGUUAUUUCUGCAUCAACUUCGUUUUCAGUUCCAACAUCACCAGAAACUAAUUCAGAAAUAAUGAAGUCGAACAAUUUUUAUAGGAGAUAUCCAAAUGAUUUUAGAUUCACCAAGUUUCAAUUAUUCCAGAAUUCUCUAAACUUCGCAUUUCGUAAAGCUAUUAUUUUGCUAACAUGCAAAAAUGAUCUUGGAUUUUUAGAAUAUAAUUUUAAGAAAAUGCCUAUCCCUUUACAAGCUUUUGAAGAUGGAUUGUAUUUUUUUGAGAAAUCUAAAAGCAACAUUGAUAAUAUUGUUACUUUAUUGUCUCAAACAAAUGGAAAUUUUAUGAAUGAGAGAAAUAUGUUUCCACCUCAACUAUUAAAAGUUAAUAAUAUUGAUAUAUACAAAGGUAAAGUUAACAUGGGACAGGAACAGAGGAAGCUGCAUGAAAUUACUCUUCACAAUGAUUACUCAUCAUUUGUUUAUCAAGAUAAAAUUAGAAAUUUGUAUUCUAGGUUUAGCAGCUUAUCACAUAAUGAUUUUAUGGUUAAAUCAGAUCAAAAAAUUAGAUGUAAUUGUUUACAGUGUUUAGUAAAUACAAUUGUGUUGGUUGUUAACCGAACAAUUCUUGAUCACUUCAGACAUUAUCAGAAAUAUAUUGCAUCUAAGGAUCCUAAAGAAAAUGAAAAAAAUCAAGCUUCGAAGAUGGCAGAGACCUCUAAAAGAUCCUUAGAAAUGAGCAUCGAAGAAGAAGAAUCCCCUCUUCCCUUAAAAAAACGACUUACUUCAACAUCUCCAAAUGAAGUUAGAUCUGUUAAAGACAUUGAGGUUUCAUACCCCUCCACUCCUAUGAUCAGUAUUGCUGAACUUGAACUUUUGAAGAAUAUGCCUACAAAUAUAGAAAAUAUAACUGAAUCAGUUAGUGGAAUUCCAAACAGUAGAAUUCCCAAUUACAUUGCUGAACCACAGUUAUCUGAAAUCAAUAAAAAUAUUUCCACUAAUAAACCAGUUCCUGAGGUUACCACAUGUCAUGUUUUAGAAAACAAUGAAUCCAGAAUUAUAUCAACUAAUAAUAAUAAUUUAUCGCAUGUUUCGAGUUCACCAGUUGUGGAAUGCACAGUUGCUGAACAGCCAAGGAAAUCACAGGAAAAGAAUGUUAGUAAAAAGUCUCUUCGAAGAACCCGUCAGUAUGAAAAGAAAAAUGGCCGAAAAUAAAUAUUCAUUGGUAGUCUUGAAAGCGGAAAAUUGAGAUUAAGUGAAAUAAUUUUUCUCAAAGGAAUAAAAAUUGAAUUUUUCAUAAGGGCCCAAAUACAUUACUUAACAUUUUUUAAAAUAUUGAAGACAAAUAAACAUAUAUUCAAGAAAUAGCUGAAAGAAACUGUUACUAGAUUUCUCUCAUUGCAAUAUUUUUUGUUUUUACUCUUAAUGUCUAUGGCUUACAAGUUUUUGAAUUUUUAAAAUUAACCAUUUGGACAUUGGUCAAGUGUUGGUAAUUGGUAUUGUGAUUUAAUCUACUGGGGAAAAAGUAAUUAAUUUUUUUCCUCAACUUUUUGAUGCUUUAGAUAUUUUAAGAUUUAUUAAAUUAUAAUUUUUGUUCUUUACAUGUUCCAAAAAUUCAAACUAAGGAAUUAAUUUUUUACUAUUAUUAAAAUAGAUUAUGUGUAUAAUAAGCUCAGUUAUUACAGCUAUUACAAUUGAAGAAUUUGUGAUUCUAGUAAUUAACUAUAAUUUAAAUAAACUCUAACCAACUUAUAUUUUUUUCUUUAUAAUUUUAUGCUUAAUUCUUCUACAUAGUUUCUGUUUUAAUAUUUAUUGGCAGUUUAUUAUGUAAACUGUUUUCUUAUAGUUAGUUAUAUAUGUUUGCAUAUUUCUUAUCAAUUGAUGUCUAGUACUUUGAGAUACUUUAGAAUAAUAUGGGCAUGAUACAGUAAGGAUAUAUUUUUUCAUAAUUUUCUAGUAAUAAAAAAUAUAGCAUUUUAGUAUAUUAGUUCAUACUUUUUUUUUUUAUUGCUCUUCUGCAUGUUGAAGCAUUUUCAACAUUUAGUACUUAUAAAUUACUCCAUGUGGUCAUUGAAAGAGCACUACUGAUUUGUAUUUCUGUUACUUUUAAUGUAAAAUAUAUUUUAAACUAGUUUUGAGUUUUUGUUUCUAUUUUUUCAUUCCAUUAUACUUUUUUUUUAUCAUUUUGACUUGGUAGAUGAUACACUUUUAGAAGUUUGAUUGUUAGUAUUUCAACAUUUGGAAAGAAUCU